AUGGCGAAUGAGCCGCCCCCCUGCACACAGGGCCUCCAGGAGGCGAGAAGCGCAGCUAACCAAGCGGCGCGGUGCAUGCAGCCUCUCCGCCUGGGCCGCGCGGGGCCCCGGCCGCGCACGUUCGUGGGGGUCCACGUGCGCCGCGGGGACUAUCUGCAGGUCAUGCCUGGGCGCUGGAGGGGGGUGGUGGGCGACCGGGCCUACUUGCAGCAGGCCACCGACUGGUUUCGGGCCCGGCACACGGCACCCAUCUUUGUGGUCACCAGCAACGACAUGGAGUGGUGCCGGGGGAACAUGGACGCCUCCCGGGGGGACGUGGUGUUCGCUGGCAACGGGCAGGAGGGCUCUCCGGCCAGGGACUUCGCUCUGCUAGCCCAGUGCAACCACACCAUUAUGACAGUCGGGACCUUUGGCUUCUGGGCCGCCUACCUGGCGGGAGGGGACACGGUCUACUUAUCCAACUUCACCCUGCCCGAUUCCAAAUUCCUGAAGAUCUUCAAGCCGCAGGCUGCCUUCCUGCCCCAGUGGGUGGGCAUCGACGCAGACCUGUCUCCACUCCAGUGA